CAUAAUGUGGUUGACACAUCAUGAGCACUUUUUGUGGUGUCAAUAUAGACGGUUCAGGAGGUCUAACGCGACACGAGUUGGAAUUGUAAGCUCCAAACAGAGACAUACAGACAGACUGACUGCUUUGGUUUCAGCUUGGUUCUGAAACCAAACUGGUGUUCAUCAAAAAGGUUUGACAGGAUGUUCUCAAAGCAAACUCCUAAAAUAAUGUGGUGAAAUUCUCUUAUAGCCCUAGAAGAACAAACAAUGAAUGAUACCAUCAUUUCAGGCCAGCAGCUGAAACCACUUGUCUUCAUCCUCACGGGGGCCCUCUCCUUCAUCGUCCUGGUGUUCACAGUGCUGGGAGUCGUGUUUUUCAGAAAAUAUCGUUCUUUGGUCCUCACUAUUCGAGAGCUGAGGGGGACCAGGUUGUUGAUGAAUGCAGUACCUCGGCCAGGAACUAUCAUUGUGCCAGCAGCCGUGAGGGAGGAAGAUCUGCUUAUCUCUCAGAUCUCCCAACAGCAGUGCAGGACACUCAGGCUCUCCUCUCGGAGGCUGUGGAGAAGCCUGCGGCAGGGCCCACGUGUUACCAAGUCAGACUUGAACCUGCUGCAGCUCAUCAAAGCAGGAAAGGAGGGUGUGUUUUACCAAGCUAGGAUGACCAGGGGGACAUGUAAAGGCCACAGCAUGUUCACCUGCAAGAUCAGCAAGGAAGGUGUCCGUCCUAAGCAUGUGGAAAUGGAGGUUUCCAUCAUGAAGAAACUGGUGCACCACAAGAACAUUCUCCAGUUACUGGACUGGAACACCGCUGAGGAGCCUUACAUUCUGAUUAUGGAGUAUGUGGGCUACGGCACUCUGAGGAGCUUCCUGCAGACCAACAGAGUUAACCUGAGUGCAGACCCUGAGCUGCAGAGCCUCCUCACCAUCGCCUCCUACCACAUCGCCCUGGCCCUGCAGCACCUGCGCUCCAAAAUGAUUGUGCACUGUGACCUGGCUCUGAGGAACAUCAUGGUCAGUAAGUUUCCUUGGGAGGUCAAGGUGGCGGAGUUCGGACUGGCACGAGAUUUAACACGCAUGACGAGCCGCCGCAGCAGUCGCUGGAGAAACCCACGGCAGCGUGUGCCGCUGCGAUGGUACCCACCUGAGUACUUCAAGAACAACUAUUACAACUUCAAAGGAGACGUGUGGGCAUUCGGCAUUGUGCUGUGGGAGAUGCAGACAUUUGGAACACUGCCAUACCCAAACCUUGAGACGUCAGAAGCGGUCAUGUAUCACAUCUGUAUUGGUCAUAAGAACACAAACCCUGUAGGCUGCAGACCAGAGAUACUUCAUAUCAUGAGAGACUGUUGGCUGGAGCCGUACACUCUGAGACCCUCAUUCACAGACAUCGUCCGCAUGCUGGAGAACAUCAUGGAAAAUGAUGCGGAUUAUGUGGAUGUUUCAAGUCCACAGUUUUUGGUGAAAGAUGGGGCUGAAUAUCACGAAGGCAGUCUACAGGAAGCCAGCGUCAGCUUGGAAGAUGCAAUUGCUGUAUGAGGGAGUCUGUGGCUCAGUGUGCUAGAGCGUUGAUCUUGAGAUCGGGGGAUCAGAAGUUCAAUCCCCACUGCAGGCUGCAUGUUGUUGUGUCUCUGGGCAAGAAACUUCACACCCAGUUGCUCUUGUGGGGAUUGUCCACGGUAUUGACUGUAGGUCAGUCGCCUUGGUUAAAAGCGUCUAACAUGUAAUGUAAGCAUCAGGAAGUUGUUUUCUGAACAAUUUGAUGUAUUUGAAAAAAAUCUCAUUUGUUUUGUUAGCUUUGUCAAGGCUGCAUUGAUCACAGAAACAAAUCAACAGAGAGCAUGGUAAAAACGAUGUACUUAAGAACCUUAAAUAUAUUUCAUGUUGUAUUUUCAAUUAUAACUUUCUUUCUAUUUAUUUUUGUAUCCAUCCUGUUGAUAACUCAUUUAAAAUGUUGAUUUUC